AUGAGUAGAGAAGCAUUUUACAGAAUGCUUGAAGAUGAUGAAGCAGAAGAUGGAAGCAUUAUCUUUGGAGAAUCAUUUAUGGGCGUAGAGAGGCAACAAAUGAACUUAGAUCCAGAAUGCGGUCGGAGAUACGUAUAUGACCUUAUCCAUGGUCACGACCAAUCAUGCUAUCACACAAUUCGGAUGUAUCCACCAGUAUACAUUCAAUUAUGUGAAAAGCUAAAGGAGGAUUAUCAUUUGAAGGAGACUGAUAAUGUAAGCAUCCACGAAAGCGUUGCAAUUUUCCUAAACAUAUGUGCUCACAAUUUAAAUCAGCGAUAUGUUGGGAAAAUAUUUGGUCAUUCAAAAGAAACCAUAGAAAGAAAAUUUCAUGAAGUGUUAUCGAACCUGCGAGAUGACGAUUUUGAUUCAAAUAAUCGUCAAGCGAGUCAAGCGAGUAAUGUAGUUGAAGAAAAUUAUAAUUCAGAUGAAGACGAAGAAGACAAUAACCCUCCAACGCAAUACAUGGAAGGAAUUCAGGAUCAAAUUUCUGCAUCUUUAUGGGAUGAUCGAUAA